AUGAAGUCUUUAGAACCAUGUCUUCUAGUAUUAUCGGUGGUUAUAUUAUGGAGCACAACUUUGGCUCUUCAACGACCUCCACCAAGAUAUUCUCAGCAAUACAUGCCGGAAACGGCCUUUACGUGUCGCAAUAAAAUUGUUGGAAGUUAUUAUGCUGAUCCUGAAACCGAUUGCCAAGUAUUUCACGUUUGCGUUUCUGUAUCUGGUAGUAUUCAGGAUUACAAAUUCCUGUGUCCCAAUGAUACUGCUUUCGAUCAGGAGAGUCAAACAUGCGCUGAUUGGUAUGACGUAGACUGUGAAGCUGCUACUCUUUAUUACGCUAGCGAUAACUUUGAUUUAUACAGACUUGGUUCAGGAUUGGAGUCUCCGCAUUACGAUACGAUACGCACCGAUGAUGAACCUCAGGAUAAUCUUCAACGAAGUGAAAGUAAUGAUCCAGUGCGUUCAUCAGCAAACGCACUUAGUAGAGUUUCUUCUACUAAUUAUAACACCAAUAAUAAUAACAAUAAUCGAGAAGUUCUACAUGGUAGCAGCAAAGUUGGUUUUUACAAUCAAAGAACAAAUAAGGAAGAUAAUUAUGAUAACGAAAGAUCUUACAAAGAUGAAACAGUGACCACAGAGAAAAAGAAAACAGGUAUUAGGAAGGUGAGUAGGAAGCAACCAUACAACGGAAACACUAAUGAUUAUCCUAUAUCGAGCACGGCUGUACCACCAACUUACAAUAGUCAGAAUAAUUAUAAUGGAAAUUUUGGCAACAACAAUUACAAUCAACGAUCAACUAGUUCCGGUUCAUCUUCCACGAGUAGACCUCAAGAGAACUAUAACAGAAAUCAAAAUAUUCAAAAAUAUACCGUAACCGCGUCCUCGACUUAUCGACCCAAUACGAAUUUCCAAGAUUCUUACAGCAGUUACCAACCAUCGAGUUCUACCGCCAGGUCAACGGUUUAUAAUACUUACAACACGAACAACAAUUAUAAUCAGGAUAAUUCAGGGUCUUAUACACCUAGUACUACAUUAAGGACUACAAAUUACAAUAGUAAUGGCAACAGAAAUGGAUAUCAACCCUAUAAUGUUGGACAGUUCACCCAGUCCAGUACUGUAUUGCCUAGCACGAAUUAUCAGACGAGUGAUUAUACAAAUUAUCAGAAAAAUUAUAACGUUCAACGUGGUAACGGUAAUGGUGGAGGAUACCGUCAAUCAACAACCAUCGCUCCUACAGUCUAUGACAAUAAUUACAGCAGUGCCAACGAACAAUACAGAAAUGGACAUGGUUCCACUACAUCAGAAAUAAGUCAGACCACUUCGAAAUACUUCACAAAUUAUGCCGGAAACAGUUAUGCUCCAACUACUUAUAGUCCACCUACGAAGAAAUAUGUUCACACUGACAACAGUCCAGCUCAAUCGGUUCCUCGCAGCAACGAUCGCUACAACAGUCAACAAUCAUCUGAUAACAAUCAGUAUUAUGAAAAGAACGAUCAGGCAAUCAAAUCUUCUACUCAACAUUAUGACAGCACGAAAACGUCAAAAAAGGUUACGCAGUACAACAAUUACGAAAGCUCAAACAGUAACAAAUAUUACGUUGAAACCAGUACAGAUAAUUAUGAUUUUGGAAGAGCUUCAGUAGGUAUAGGUUUCAGUCCUGCUAGUAUAAAUCAUUUGGCUGAGACAUCUAGAUCUACGACGCCAGUUCCUAGGAGACAAGCUAGUGCUACCACGUAUAAUCCAAGCAGUUUCAAUAGUAAUACACAAAAGCCAUCGUCAAUAAAUACUACUCCUCGAAGUAGCACUUACGUCAGCGGUUCGGCUAGACCUUUCACAUCCACUACCAGAUUUAUCAGCAGUACAACUGUUCGCCCAAAGUCAGGAAAAAAGAAUGAUUAUGAUUAUGCGUAUUAUGAUAAUGCCGGAGGUACUGAAUACGACGGUCUUGAACUUGAACAAGUCACUGGAAAUAAGGAAUCAUCGAAACUCUCCAGAAAUUAAUUUAACUUUUUCAUAGAAGUUCUUUUUGAAAGUUCUUCAGAGAUGGUCGUUAAAAGAAACGUUUUUAAUAGAAGGAUUUCUAUAACCAGUUUUUGAUCUGUCUUCAUUACUAGAAAAAAAAAGAAAUGAUAGGAAGACAAUAUUAAAAACUGAUUGAAAGUGAUAAACAGCAAUUAACAGUUUCAAUUCGAUAAUAUAAUUAGAAUCUUUAAUU